UGCACAGGACAAAAGGAGAAAGAGGAAGAGCCUCGCGUUUAUAUAUUUUCUUCCAUACCAUUCUCUUCAUUAGUUCAUUUCUUUCAUCUCACUACACACUCACUAAUCUCUCUCUCUCUCUUUCUCUCUUUCUAUUCACAUUUUCUUUCCCUUUCACGUUCAGUUUUCUCUCUCUGAAAACUAUAUACCCUUGUACCAAUUAGUGUCAUACACACAUAGCAUAUUACAUAUAUAGUCGUAUAUAUAUAGGAUCUGUAUUUUUCUUCAUCUGGGGUACUGAUCAUCAGAUUACAAAGCCAGAUUGAUUUUGUCUGAACUCUCUUUAUAUACACAAAGAGAGAUAGAGAGUGAAAGAAAGCAAAAAAAAAAAUGUUGUCACCAUCAGCAAUGGCUGACCCGGUGAGCUCAUCAGAAACCGAGUCGAGUGUUAAUUCGUCGACUUCCUCAUCUGGGUUACUAUUACUCAAUAAGGAUCAGGGGAUAAUACCCGACCCGAAUCAGAAGCGGGUCAAGAGAGCCAGGGAAAAUUGUAGUAAUAGUAAUAGUAAUAAUAAUAAUAAUAGCAGCAGCAGCAGCAAUAAUAGCAAUGGCAAUAAUAGCAAGCACCCGGUUUACAGAGGGGUCCGAAUGAGGACAUGGGGCAAAUGGGUAUCCGAAAUUCGGGAGCCCAGGAAGAAGAAUCGGAUCUGGCUAGGAACUUUCUCAACACCCGAAAUGGCGGCGCGUGCACACGACGUGGCGGCGUUGAGCAUCAAGGGUAACUCGGCCAUCCUCAACUUUCCCGAGCUAGCCGGAUCAUUGCCUCGGCCCGAAUCCAACUCACCCCGAGAUGUUCAAGCCGCGGCUACCAAAGCGGCUUCCAUGGAGUUUCCGAGCCCAUCUCCUUCGCCCUCAACGUCAUCAUCAACAACAACAACUUCAUCAGCAAUGUCGCAGUCGUCUUCCUCGUCGUCGUUGGUGGCCACUUCGUCGAACUACGACGUGUCGUCGUCGCCGUCGACGCCGGAAGAGCUGAGCGAGAUAGUUGAGCUGCCGAGUCUAGAUACGAGUUUCGAGUCAGGGAACGAGUUCGUGUUCGAAGACUCCGUAGAGGGGUGGCUGUAUCCUCCGCCGUGGUAUCAUCAUCAAAGCUUGUUCGAAGAAGAAUAUGGUUACUUUAGUGAGGAUCACAUAGCAAUGUCAGAGCCAGAGUGUUCCAUUCCAUCUGCCUUUGAGGCUUUAUUAUGGCAACAUUAAUAAAUCAUCAACCAACAUGGAUAUUGGAUUGCAUAGCUUAGUUGUGUGCUUUUCUUUUCCUCUCUUUUCUUUUCUCUUUUCCUCUCUUUUCUUUUCUUUUCCUCUUAAUGUGAGCCCUUUUAUUAAAAUUUUCCUUUCAAGAGGGCUAAAAUCUGAAAUACGUUUCUUGCUGCUCAAGUUUGUCAGUAGUAGUAGUGAAGUGUUCAUCUGCUUUCUCUUCCACACUGUUUUUUUUCUUUCUUUCUCUAAAGAAAUCCCUCCACACACAGCAAAGUGGUUAAAUUUUGCAGUUUGUUGUUACUUCUUUGAAUGUCAAUUUUCACUUUUUUUUUC